AUGGACGAUCCCAGCUCUACAGCCAUUGAAGACCAAUACCAGCACGAACAGCAGCACCAGCAUCAACAGCCCCAACAACUUCAGCAGCAGCCCUUUGCUCAUCCUCAUCCGGCUGCUGCUCCUACUGUGCCGACCUCCUCUUAUUUAGACGUCGCCUCCUCCAUCGCUGCUCCAAGCACCUUUCUCGCAAACGCCGCCUCCCACUGCUACUCUCAACACCCCGGCUUCCGUCCGUCAAGAGCCCGAGCGACACCAGGCGCAAUGGAAAAACGACAGCCUCCCAGUUCCUUUCAGCAGCUUGAAAAGCUCGGUGAGGGAACGUAUGCUACUGUCUUCAAAGGCCGCAACCGCCAAACAGGCGAGAUGGUCGCCCUAAAGGAAAUCCACCUCGACUCCGAAGAAGGCACCCCCUCAACCGCCAUCCGCGAAAUCUCCCUAAUGAAAGAACUCAAGCACGAAAACAUCGUCGCCCUCCACGACGUCAUCCACACCGAAAACAAACUCAUGCUUGUCUUCGAGUACAUGGACAAGGACCUGAAACGCUACAUGGACUCCCGUGGCGACCGCGGCCAGCUCGACUACGUCACCAUCAAAUCUUUCAUGCACCAGCUCCUCCGUGGCAUCGCCUUCUGCCACGAAAAUAGAGUCCUGCAUCGCGACCUGAAACCUCAGAAUCUUCUCAUCAAUACAAAGGGCCAGCUGAAACUGGGCGACUUUGGCCUCGCCCGCGCAUUCGGGAUACCCGUCAACACUUUCUCAAACGAAGUCGUCACCCUCUGGUACCGGGCCCCCGACGUCCUGCUGGGCAGCAGGACAUACAACACAAGCAUUGACAUCUGGUCCGCUGGCUGCAUCAUGGCGGAGAUGUAUACCGGCCGUCCGCUCUUCCCCGGCACGACAAAUGAAGAUCAACUGCAGAAGAUCUUCAGGCUAAUGGGGACUCCCUCCGAACGCUCCUGGCCUGGCAUCUCCAAUUUCCCGGAGUAUAAACCGAAUUUCCAGGUGUAUGCGACGCAGGAUCUGCGGUUGAUUUUGCCGCAGAUUGACCAGCUGGGAUUGGACUUGUUGAGUCGCAUGUUGCAGCUAAGGCCGGAGAUGCGGAUAAGUGCUGCUGAUGCGUUGCGGCAUAGGUGGUUUCAGGAUCUGAAUCAGUUGCAGGCGCAGCAGGCGGUGCAGCAGCAGCAUCAACAACAACAUCAACAGCAUCAACAGCAUCAACAGCAUCAACAGCAUCAACAGCAUCAACAGCAUCAACAGCAUCAACAGCAUCAACAGCAUCAACAGCAUCAUCAACAACAACAGCAGCAGCAUCAACAGCAUCAACAACAGCAGCAGCAGCAUAUGGCGGCUGGUUAUGGGGCGCCGGGGAUUAUGUCGCAGGGCGGAUAUUGA